AUGUCCGAUCUGCACCACGUUCUGCCCGACGGAUUCCCGGCCCAUCAUUUUUCGCACCUGCUGCCGUCGCUCGACCGCCACCGUGUCACCACCACCGACAUCCUGACCCUCGAUGCCGUCGACCUCGCGAAGCGCGCCCAGGUCCCCGUCGCCGAGCUGCGCAAGCUCCAGCAGGCCAUUGUGAGCGCGCUCCACGCCGAACUGGGAGUCGCCGAUUCGGUCGAAGCUGCGGACGCGGGGAAUAACGCGGUGGCGGAUGGCUGGCAUGCGGCGGAAUGGCGUACUAUCAGUACGCUCGAUGAUAGUCUGGACGCCGAGCUGGGGGGAGGGAUACCUGCGGGGUACCUGACCGAGAUCACUGGCGAAAGCGGCGCGGGAAAGACUCAAUUCCUACUCACCUUGCUCCUGUCGGCGCAGUUGCCAGCUCCCCAUGGCUUUUCCAAGUCCGCCCUCUACAUCUCCACCGAGGCACCGCUCGCGACGACGCGCCUGGCACAGUUGCUGAACCAGCAUCCACGCCUCACGAGCCUCCCACCUUCCUCUAAGCCCUCGCUCUCGCGCAUCCUCAGCAUACAGACGCCCGACCUCGAGUCGCAAGACCACAUCCUGCGCUACCAGUUGCCCGUCGCCAUCCAGCGCCACAAUGUCGGCCUGGUCGUGCUCGACUCGGUCGCCGCCAACUACCGCGCUGAAUUCGAGCGCGGCGGCGGUAGCGGAGGAGGAGGUGGUGGUGGUGGGAGCGAGAAAGACGGGGGCAGUCGCCGCGCCGUCGGCGAAGCUAUGGCGCACCGCACCGCGCAGCUGGUGCAGCUGGGCGCCCUGCUGCGCUCCGUUGCUCGCACGCAUGGCGUCGCCGUCGUCGUCGCGAACCAAGUGUCGGACCGCUUCUCUGCUCCUCCACCACCUCCUCCCUCCAGCACCACCACCUCCCGCCACCCUUCCUACAACAGCACCUUUAGCCAAACAUCCCGCGUCCCGACUCCCGGCCCCGGCCCGCCUUCUCAACAAGGAGGCGGCGGCGUAGCGGCGGCAGCAGGUGCUACAUCAACACCACCACCGCCGCCGCCGCCGCCUCCAGGCACCGCAACCACCGCACCCCUCACCCUCUCCCGCGACCCCCUCACGCUCGACCACCAGCAGCGCUGGUUCACCGGCUGGGGCGACGUGCGUGCCUCGUCAUCCGCAUCCGAAAACCUCAAGACGCCCGCCCUCGGCCUCGUCUGGGCGAACCAGAUCGCGGCGCGAAUAGCGCUGCUCAAGGCCCCCGUGUACAACGCGCCGAACCCUUGGAUCGGGCUGGCGGCAGACGGCCGGCUGGAUUGGCGAGGCGAGGGAGACGGAGACGGAGACGAGGGGGGAGGGACGGAAAUUAAGCGGUGGAGGCGGUGGAUGAAGGUCGUGUUUGCGCCGUGGGCGCCGCCGUCGGUGGGGAGGGGGGUGGAGUACGUUAUUCGGGGGAGGGGCGUGGUGGCUGCUAGUGCUGGUGCUGGUGCGGAGGGUAAGGCGAAGGAGAGGGAGAAGAAGGGCGUGGAGGAUGAGAUAGAGGAGAAGAAGGGUGUGGAAGACGAGGUAGAGGAAGAAGGCCGCGAGGAGCAGCAGGUCAAGGAGGGUGAGGACGGUCCGGCUGGCGAGCAGCAGCCACGCGCCGGAAGUGAGCCAUUGGCAGAUAGGAACUAG